AUGAUAAAUUCACAGCAAGAAGGGAUUACGCAUCAUACAGAUGGUGGUAAAACAAAGUUAACAUCAUUAUCUCGUAUGUUCCUUAUAAAAGCAGCUGAAUGUAUUUACGAAAACAGAAGUCCGGAAUCAUUGACAGAUCUUGAAAAGGAUAAUCCACUAUUUUCGCUGCAAAUAAGGAAGUCAAAUCAGUUAAGAUCUAUUCUUUCAUCAAAACACUUCUUUGGCUGGUUCAAAUUAGAUAUUAUUCUUACAAAUCCAGAUAUUGUUAUAGAAAGAUGGCAUUUAAUUCAACUCCCUAUUCAUCCUGAUGCAAAAAUGCAAACGAAUUACAAUCAAAAUGAACUUAAAAUUCAAACUUAUAGAAUAAUGUGUCAAAACAUGAGAAGUUUAUAUUCUAUGUUGAACACUUUACCUGCAAAGACAUUGCAAUUGCAAUUAAGUCAACUACCGAUGAAUAAUCUUAAAAUUAAAGCUGUUUGCGAUCCAUUUCAAAAAUUGCCUGCGCAAAACGAAGAAUUUACAGAACUGGAAACUGCCAGAUUACGUUUUGGUCCUAUUACAACACCUGUUGGAAGAACAGUCAUUUUUUUGAAUCAUAGAAUUUCUUUAGAAGAAGAGAUCCCUCGUCCAAUCAUUUCUACACAACAUUGGUAUGUACCAAUGGAACUACCAUCAACUCAGAACUCUCUUUUGCAAUUAAAUGAACCAACUCCUUCUUGUUCUUUAAUGAACGAAAAUUCUCUGGCCAAUGGUGCUCCUGCUGUUAAUUUCUCAAAUACACCUGCUUUCAACUCGAUGAAUCAUGAUGAUUUCAUUGCCAAAAAUAGUCCAAUAGCUGAAACUCCACCAUCUCCAACUCCAACACCGCCUCCAGACAUUAUACCUAUGUCUAUUGACGAUUUUGUUAGAUUGGUUCAGGAAAAUAUGAAUGAUGGCUUCGAAGAUUCUGUUUCAUUAGAUGAUAUUAAAACACGAUUUACCGAAGUGAAAAAUAUAUUGUUAUUAUAA